UUCCACUUCCUCCUCCCCCACUCCCCCCCCUCCUCCACACAAGCACGGAGACCUCCCGCCUCGGCGGAGGAGGAGCAGCAGCCGCCGCAGGCGCUCGCGGUCGGGGUCGGGGAGGAGGGAGAAUCUCGCGCUGUCUCCCGAUUCAUUCCGGGGGGUUGUGUGGUUUUGAGUUCUUGGACCGGGAAAAGGGGGCGUUCUUGGAUUGAUCAGUGGAGGAGGUGGGAGGAGGGGGGUUGGGGAGAGAGAGGAGAGGAGGCGGCGGGGAUGGGGAGCUGCGGCGCGGGAGCGGCGGACAGCGAGUGGCCCGACGGCGUGACGGGGCGGGACGCGGAGGUCGGGGCGCUCGUGUGGGUGCGCCGCCGCAACGGAUCCUGGUGGCCCGGCCAGAUCCUCAGCGCCGACGAGCUCCCGGAGAACUGCGUCGUCCCGCCGCGCUCCUCCGGCACGCCCAUCAAGCUCCUCGGCCGCCCCGACGGCAGCAUUGACUGGUAUAAUCUUGAGAAGUCUAAGCGUGUGAAGCCAUUUCGAUGUGGAGAGUAUGAGGAAUGUAUAGAAAAAGCAAAGGCUCAAGCUCGCCAGCAUAAGAGGGCCUACAAUGAAGGAAAGUAUGUCCGCAGGGAAGAUGCUAUCAUGCAUGCUCUUGAACUUGAAAGGGCUCGCUUUCCAAAUGAAGAUGAUACUGAUGAACAUGAUACUAGUGGCCUAUUAUUUGAAUCCCAAAACAGCUAUUGUGCAAAGUCCAAAAACAUAAAUGAGCUCAAUAAAAAAUCGUCUCGCACUGCAAGGGAUCUGUAUGAUAUUGAAGAGGAGUCAGCUAAAGGUUUGUCUCAGGCCUUAACAUUAUAUAAACAGCCACAGAAUGUGUCCUCUUCAAGCACUAGGUAUGCUUCAUCAUCAAGGAAGAAACAUAAGGCAUCAAAUGAUUUUGAGGAUGACACAGUUCAAGGAUCCCAACGUAUGAGAGACCUUACGGAGAUUGGAUCAAAGAAACACAGUUCAUACGUCCUAAAUGGGCACCGGGAUCUACCACUUCUUGAGAGUGCAAGCUUUGGUUAUAGCUUGUCUGGUACCAAUGGGAUAAAAGGUGAUCCGCAGUCUCAUUCGGCAACAAAAAGGAAGCGUUCCAAUAUUGGCCAAGCUUAUGAAAAUUCAAGGAAGAAAGACAGACGUCGCCCUUUAUCGAAGUUAUGUAAAGAUUCAGCUGUGGCAGUUCCAGCAUAUAGCCACUGGGAUCCUUCAGGGCAUUCUUCUGCCCAGUACUCAGGAGGCAAAAUGUCCAAUGCAUUUGAACCAAGUAGGGGGAAAUUUGGUUUCCCAUUGGAUGUAAAUAAUUAUUCAUACAGCUCAGGGACCUCAAGUGUGGAAACUUUAUUAGAUGCAUCAUGCGCAAAUCAUGAUGGUGUUGCCAAGGUAAUUCCAGUAAAGGAAGCGGAGGUCUCAUGCAUGCCUGGGUUUCUCAAUAAUGACUGCUCUGAUGGCGAUGAAUAUUUUGAUACCCCCCUUGUUAUGGAGGAAGAUGCCCUCGAAGAAGAUCAUCUGCAUAAAUAUGAAUCAUGUGCAUCAGUCAAGGGCCAGAUCUCAAAACCCAGGAAGCAAACUGCUGAAUAUACUGAACUGGUCAUACCUUCACCUCAUGGUCACAGAAGUUCUAAGAAGAAAAGCAUGAGCUUUGUUAGUCAAAGAACACAAGAAAACCACAAGGAUAGGACUUUGUUGGCACAACAUGGAAGAACAGUAAAAGGGCAAGCAUUAGACACUGAUGCUGUUGAGGUGGAUGCCAGGGUGAGCAGUGCUUUCUGUAAGCCCCCUGCACUUAAGAACAAUAUGCAACUUGCAAUAGUUCCUGCUGAUGGUUGUGCCAGUACUUUGGAGCAACAGUAUUAUGGAAGUGGACCUGAGCAUGAUGAAUCAUCUGAAACUAUAAGCAACCGCUCACAAUCAGAAAAGGGCGCACCAUCUUCCCCGUAUUAUGAGCCACUUCAAGUGAUACCACCUGAACAGAAAUCUGGUCUAGAACCUUCCAGUCCCCAUGUGGUAAAGCCAAUCAAGAAUGCACGGACAGACUAUAAGGUAUAUGAUGUAGAAUUGGCUGCUCAAGGAAGCUACAAGGGCCAUCGUGUGCCUCUUGUUUCUCUCAUGAGUAAAUGGAAUGGUAAGCCCAUUGUCGGUUACCCUAUAACUGUGGAGGUUUUAAAAGAUAGUAGUUCUGCGGCGAGCCGAAAUGAUCUGCGCCCAGCAACUAGCAGUCUUAACAACUUGCUAAAGAGGAGCGAACCUGCGGAACCAAGGCAAGCAAGAUCGUCACAUUCAUCGAGACCUGCAUCAAGACCAAAGCCCAGCGGUAAGAAAAAGAUCUCAGAGCAUGAUACGGACAAGUCACGGCGGCCACACACAAAGAAAUCAGCAACUUCACCGAGGAAAAUGCGUAGGCUCUCAUCUUUCGCCAGCAGUCGUAGAGAUGGUGCAAGCAGGAAGCCCGUAGUUGGCAAGAUUAGUGGGCCUACAAUCGCGUGCAUCCCGCUCCGACUUGUUUUCAGUAGGAUCAACGAAGCUUUAAGUUUUCCAGUGAGAUCAGAGAACCCUACAUGAGGUGUGGGCUGCCAAGCCUGCGCUUGGAGAUAGCCUGUGAACAGAGAGACAUAUUGCUAGUUUUGCAUGUACAUUAGCAGCCUUAUAAUUUUUAUAAAAAAAAUAUUAAUGCCUGCCAUGUUCAUAUCAGCUAUGUGCUUGUAACCGUGUAAUUGCGAUUAUCCGCCUUGGUUUCAGUUGAAGCAUCCCACAGUGGGAGGAAAAUAAGCACCUUGAAUAUACUGAUUGCAUCCGAUCGUGGUAA